CGUCUGUGAAGAGCUAUAGAUGAAUCGAAGAAGGGAGACAGAAAAUAUAGGGGAAAGAAAACAGAGAAAUGGAGAAUAAAAGCAGUGGUGCGAGUGUUGGAGGAGGGUUUAAGCGUUAUUUGUACAGCGGAGAAAAGAAGCAUGUUUUUGCUGGUAUGGUUGUAAUUGGUGUCAUUUUUGGCAUCCCAUGGUAUUACAUGAACCAAGGAACAAAGCAUCGAUCUCAUCAAGAUUACUUGGAGAAAGCAGAUAAAGCAAGAAGUGCAAGGCUUUCUUCAAGUGCACCGUCUGCCAACUGAUCUUCUGAAACUUGGUCAUGCAUAGGUGAGGAUCUUCGUGGCGGACUUUUGGCAAUUCAGCAGGGAAAGGCUUAAAGUUUUUGUUUUCCUUUUUCUGUUUACUGGUUAGAAAUUUCCUUACAGGGGUGCAAAAAUAUCCGUCGUUGACAAUAAGCUAAGUAAACAUAGUAUGUGUUUCAGCUGCUGCCUUCAAAUCUGUUCUCUUUUUCCCCUUGGUAUUCUUGAACUCGUGGUCAAUUCCAUAGCUUAUACAGGAUAGAAUUUUAUGGGGUAAUAACAUCUGGAUGUUCAUUCCUGACCACAAUAUCUGGUGAGUUAAAAGAAAAUUAUCCAAUGUUUUCACCUGCAGCGUUUGGGGUUUAGAACCUGUAUGAUCACAGAUUUAUCACCUUUUAAAUUAGCCUCUUUUAUUUAUUUA